AGGAUUUGCCACUCCAGCCCGGCUGGAUCCCGGGUCCCCCGGGGCGGCCCCAGAGGGCGGGAGGCCGGGAGGAGGCGGCGGACGCAUCCGCCGCCGCAGGAGGCGGAGCGCUGCACCUGGCGCCCGGUCCUCCAGCUCAGCCCUGAAACGGGUCCAGCCGGUCCGGAGCGAGGGAGGCGGCGAAGCCAGGCCUGGGACUAAAGCGGUGAGGAGGUGAGAACCGAAGGUCGCGCGGCGACUGUCACCGCGGUCGCUCGCCCCACCCGACCUGCAUCCAGCCGCCGCGCCCGCCGCAACCCCAGGAGAGGAGCAAGCGACCCAACCGACAUGCAGCGUUCUGACCCGCCCGCCGCCGCCCCGGCGCCCCGAGCAGCCGCUCCGCACCCCGGGGACAGGGCUCCUCGCGCUCCCCGCAGCUGAGCGCCGCUAGAUCACCACUCAGGAUUUUGAAGGUCACUGACCCGGAUGGUGGUGGUAAGCCAUGGCUGCUGAUGAUAAAGUUGCUAUCCUAACUGACGAUGAAGAGGAGCAGAAGAGAAAAUAUGUGCUUGCUGAUCCUUUCAACGGCAUCUGCAGGGAAUCAGAGCCACCUUCUAACGAAACCCCCUCCUCCACAGAGACUUCCGCCAUUCCCGAGGAGGAAAUAGACUGGAUAGAGAAACAUUGUGUGAAAAUCAACAAUGAUCUUCUCAUCUCCAAGGUGUUUUAUUUCUUCUUUUACUCCGCCUACGGCUCUCUUUACCCUCUCCUGCCCGUGUAUUAUAAGCAGCUGGGAAUGUCGCCAAGCCAGAGUGGACUGCUGGUGGGCAUUCGGUACUUCAUUGAGUUUUGCAGCGCUCCCUUCUGGGGUGUAGUUGCAGAUCGUUUCAAAAAGGGCAAAAUUGUCCUCCUCUUUUCGCUUUUGUGUUGGGUUUUGUUUAACCUGGGCAUUGGAUUCGUCAAACCUGCUACCUUGAGAUGUAUACCAAAGAUCCCCCCAACAGCUCACCCCACCAAUGUAAGUCACCCAGUAACCAUCCUGCCAAUGAACUCCUCCACUGUCGCUUUCUUUACCACACCACCAAAAUCACUCGAGAAAAGGAGCCUGCUGUUCUCUGCAACAGAGCCCAAUAUCUCAAACAUAGAUCUCUUGUCAACAGCAUUGACCUUGACCACCGAACCCACACUACGGCCCCAGACAGAGGGAAUUACCCACCACGUUACAGACUUGAUUUUGAACACAAGCACAGUGACUCUGCCCCCCACAGGAAAUGUCACCAGGGAGACAACCAUUGCUGUGGUCACCACCACCAAAUCUUUACCGUCUGAUCAAGUCACCCUUGUGUAUGACCAACAGGAAGUUGAGGCAAUAUUCUUGGUCAUCUUGGUAGUUGUCAUAAUAGGAGAAUUUUUCAGUGCCUCUUCUGUCACGAUCGUAGACACAGUAACCCUCCAGUACCUGGGAAAACACCGAGAUCGCUAUGGGCUCCAGCGCAUGUGGGGCUCCCUGGGCUGGGGCCUGGCCAUGCUGUCUGUGGGCAUUGGGAUUGACUACACUCAUAUAGAUGUUCUCAUUGAUGGGAAGGGGUGUAAGCCCCCCGAAUACCGAAACUACCAGAUCGUCUUCAUCGUCUUUGGAGUUCUCAUGACCAUGGCCCUGAUCGUUGCCACUCAGUUCCGGUUCCGCUACAACCACUUCAACAAUAGUGAUGGCAAAGGGAAAGAGAUGGAGAUCCCACAGGUGGAAAGGGACAACUCCACAGAGUCUUCCGAAGAGACUCCAACUGCUGCCACUCACUCGCAGGCUUUCAACUUCUGGGACUUGAUCAAGCUGCUGUGUAGUGUGCAGUAUGGCUCGGUGCUGUUUGUGGCCUGGUUCAUGGGUUUUGGCUACGGCUUUGUGUUCACCUUUCUCUACUGGCAUCUGGAAGAUCUAAAUGGAACUACUACCCUUUUUGGGGUCUGUUCAGUCCUGAGUCACGUGUCCGAGUUGACUGCUUACUUCUUCAGCCACAAGCUUAUUGAGUUGAUUGGCCACAUCAGGGUUUUGUACAUUGGCCUGGCCUGUAAUACAGCUCGCUACAUUUACAUUUCCUACCUGGAAAAUGCCUGGACUGUCCUCCCUAUGGAAGUUCUUCAAGGCGUCACGCACGCAGCCAUCUGGGCAGCGUGCAUCUCUUACCUCAGUGCUGCUGUCCCCCCUGAGCUGAGGACUUCUGCACAAGGAAUCCUGCAAGGCCUUCAUCUGGGUCUGGGGAGAGGAUGUGGUGCCAUGAUCGGAGGCGUGUUGGUCAAUUAUUUUGGGGCUGCUGCAACCUUCCGAGGGAUUGGCAUGGCUUGCCUGGUGAUCCUCCUGCUCUUCGCCCUGAUCCAGUGGCUGGCAGUGCCUGAUGAGGAAGAAGAUAAGACGAUGUUGGCAGAAAGGAUUCCUGUUCCCUCUAGUCCUGUUCCCAUAGCAACUAUCGACCUGGUACAGCAACAGACAGAAGAUGUCAUGCCACACAUUGAGGCCAGACUUCCGCCCAAAAAAACCAAGCACCAGGAAGAGCAGGAAGAUGUGAACAAACCUGCCUGGGGGGUCAGCUCUUCUCCUUGGGUAACCUUUGUCUAUGCGCUCUACCAAGUUAAAGAGCUGAUGCGACUGACAAGAGACAGCCGCGCUUCUGAGAUACAACCUUUACAGGGGAUCCAUGAGAAUCGGCAAGUCUCUCCAGCUGGUGGAGCCCAAUGUGCUCCACAUGAAACUCACUCCGACUCACCUAGAAACCAGCUAUCCCCUGACACAGCAGCAUCUCAAAUGCAGUCCAGCCCUGCUCACCCUAGUGCCACCCCACAUGGACAGGAGAGUGGACAACAGCAGACUCAGCCAACUGUGGGAGAACACUGAGGGCUCCCGGUCAUCUCAUACCCUGCAUGGCACCAGGCACCUCAGCCAGGAUAGAGGGCGAGACCCCAACCCUGACCAUGCCUCUGCAAGGGGAACACUGUAACGCACAUGCUUCUAAAUAUCUACAUUCAUUACUGCGGAACCACACACACACACACACACACGCACACACACAACCUUGCAAGUGUGCCUGCACAUGUGAGCUGUAGUAUGUGUCGAAGGAAAACGGAAACCUCCACAGGCCUGCAGAGACAUAGAACAAUGUUGAGAAGGAGCCCCCGCUCUUGGUUAGUUGGGUCUGACCUAACUUCUUGGGCAAGGUGAAAGGGUGAGAAGCAGAACUCACACCAAGUUGGGUGAAUGAAAGGGCCUCAAGGUAAACAGGGACUUCCUCCCCAUCUUCUGAUUAUUUAUUCUGAAUAUUGGGUUCUUAGUGAAAAGCGAGAAGAAAAAAGUAUAUCUAUAGUUUUGUCUUGAAGAAAAAGCAUUUUAAAAAUUAUAAGACGCAUUGAAAAGGGAGCCGGAUGGAAGUUAGUAGAAUGUACGCUUUGUGUUGUUGUUGUUUAGAAAAGUUCAAAGUUUCACUGAGCUUUGCACAUCUCUAGCAAAUAUAUUUUUAUAUGCAUAUAGUAUAUGGUGAGCAUAGUUCUUUGGGAAGCAUAGCUGUUAUGGACUACUGCAUAUUGAGUUGAGCUUUAAAAUGUCUUUGUUGCAAUGGGCUGGCAGAAUGAGCAGAAGUGAGAGAAUAUUUCAAAGAAUCCAACCAACUCAGUAUCCUGAGACUUGACAGACAAGGCUUUACUAAGCAGCUCCUUAGCAACCUCUGCAGCUAUAUUUUACAGUGACUUGGGUUCUAAUUAGCUAAGGGGGAAAAAAAGACCUACUCAUCGGAUUCCUAAGCGUUAAGCUAAAGAGUACUAUUUACAAAGAGCAGGAUGAGAUUUAAGUGCCUGGGGGAGGGACAUGAUGUUUAAAAAUUAUAUAGCAGGUCUGUUUUGAUUGUGAAGGAGUAAAUAGGAAGCCAGGAAUGGGAAUUCUGAGAAUAAGAAUGACUUUCUAAAGACUUAAGAAAUGAAUCUUAGCACAUUCUCCUUGGAACCGUAGUCAUACACUGAAAACCUGCGGGUUUGGGCUACAACUACACCAGUUAACACCACAGACAUAGGAGGUCUGGGUGAUUGCAUGUAGAGCUUGCUCCUAGAAGGAAAGCAGAGGCUGUAAGAAGCCUGGGGAUUCCUGUGGAUGCUACUGUGGCUGAACUAGGGUCAGUCAUACUGUGGGUGAACAUUGAGGGUGAACACAAGAAUGGUUCAAAACGGAAGGUCACCCUUGCCUCUGACGUAGGAGACAGGAUCAGCUGUACAGUGCGACAGUGCUGCCUGUCUCUGCAUGUGGAGGAAUCGUUCUACAUCUGGAUGUCUAGCUUCACCACAAAACACAGCUUAGAACGAUGGGAACAGUUGCGCAAAUGGUUACUUUUGCACUUGAACGGUACUGUACUGUCAAUCCUCAUGUCUCAUUUUAAGUGACCUUUAAAAUCAGAUGUAUUUAUUAUGCUCGUGUAAUUACAGAAACGAAGUGGGAGACAGACUGAGCCCCACCUAUGAAUGUACAGUAUGUGGAUUGCGAAACCUGAGUGUUGGGAGUCAGAACCUUGUAUCUUAUGUUUACAAUCCUGGUUGAUUUCUUUGAGAAGCUGCUGGUUUUGGAGAUGCCCAGUGAACGUGUUGAAAUAAAAAGUGAAUACCAUUUUUAAAAUAUUUCUUAAGUGAAAAACACGUGACCAAAUAAGAGAAACACCCUCUGCUCUGUAAUGAAUGACACUAAAUUCAACAUGCCUUCGUUACAAAACGUUUACUGUGAGCGUCGAUCCAACAGUGCAGUGACUUCUAGCCUUUUGAGCUGACACCUUCACGAGUUUGUGGACUUUGUGACUUUUUCCUUCCUGUCCUUACAGUGCCAUAUGUCACUUAAAAAUUAUUAAAGUGAAUUCCAAUU